AUGAAGCUUGAGAAAGCAGAAAUCGAAUGGAUUAGACUAUAUAAUAAGGAGCGCAUCAAGUAUGAAACGAAGACAGACAAUGAGGCCGAAAGGGCAACCACCAGCGCAUCCGAUCCUGAAUCUGGGAACCACGUUACUGGCCGUAGUUGCGAGGACAAGCGACCUACCUACCGCGAAGGCCUUUUAGGACUUAUCGGCAAGAAAGUCGACACUAUCUAA